GAGUGUGGGGGAAGGAGUGGGUCUCUGCUGGCAUCAUACCUCGGCACCUUUUAAUGGUUGGUUAGUGGUUACCGAUCUCGUCUUGGUCAUGGCUAUGGAGGAACUAAACUCGAUGUAUGUUGCUCCUUGAAAAAUAAACAACCUCGGGUCACAUCCUUCUCUUUAUUCUUUUCUUAGGUGAGAAGACGUAGACUAUAUAGACUUGGAUAUACAAGGACAUUCUCUCUUCCUAUCUUCUGCAUUGUUUACACUUUGUUUUACACCUAGAUAGACACUCAUCACCAUGCCUUUCGCGACAGAACUCACAAAGCGUCUGGGCAUCAGAGUGCCCGUCGUGCAAGGCGGCAUGAUGCACGUUGGCACCGCCGACCUCGCCUCAGCCGUUUCCAACGCAGGCGGCCUGGGCCUCAUCACCGCCCUCAUCUUCCCGACCCCCGAGGAACUUCGCAAAGAGAUCCAGCGCUGUCGCACCCUCACCAAGAACCCCUUCGGCGUCAACAUCACCCUCCUCCCUUCUAUGGUCCCUCCCAACUACGCCGCUUUCGCCCAGACCAUCAUUGACGAGGGUAUCAAGGUCGUCGAGACAGCCGGUAACUCGCCUGGACCCGUCAUCACGCAGCUCAAGAAGGCCGGAAUCAUCGUUCUUCACAAGUGCACCACCAUUCGCCACGCGCAAAGCGCCGUAAAGCUCGGCGUCGACUUCCUCAGCAUAGAUGGAUUCGAGUGCGCUGGUCACGUUGGAGAGAGCGACAUUACCAACUUCAUCCUUCUCAGCAAAGCGCGCCAAACGCUGGGUGUGCCCUUCAUCGCCAGCGGUGGCUUCGCAGACGGUUAUGGACUCGCCGCCGCUCUGUGCCUCGGUGCUUGUGGUAUUAAUAUGGGAACGCGCUUUAUGUGUACUGUCGAGGCGCCCGUGCACAUCAAGGUCAAGGAGGAGAUUGUUCGCGCCCAAGAGACCGACACGACACUUCUUCUUCGACGAUGGACAAACACCACUCGGUUGUACAAGAACAAGGUUGCGAUGGACGCGCUUGAGAUUGAAAAGAAGAGCGAGUCGGGUGAAUUCGCAGAGGUCGCGCCGUAUAUGAGCGGUAAGCGAGGAAAGGAAGUGUUUAUCACUGGAGAUGUCGAUUUUGGCGUUUGGACAACAGGACAAGUUAUGGGUCUGAUCAAUGAUAUUCCUACAUGCGAUGUGCUCGUUAGUAGAAUUGAGAAGGAGGCUGAGACCGCCUUGAAAGAGAGGCUCGCACUGUUGGUGCCAGAGUCCAAGUUAUAGAGCUAGAGUAUACUAGACGCGCGAGAUUUUGUUUUUUUAGAGCAUGUGCAAAGAUCUAAGUUUUUAUUUUGGUAGUAAAUACAACUGAUGAGCGAUUCUAGAGGAUAAACGAUCUAUGAAUAUAUGGUCUCUGUGUGUUUCUAUGCCUGUACUUGUUCAAAGUCUUGUGUUUUGUGAAACGCAUAGUCCAGUCGGUGCCGCUUCACCUGGUCUGACGAUUCUGUCUGCUUUUGCGGUCGAGGUUGCUGAACAAUGAGUUCCGGGACGCUGCGGUUUUCGAGGGCCCAUUCCUUUGCCUGGCAGAGACUCACGCCCGUCUCGAUGAGCGAGAUCUUGCCUCCAGGCCUUCCCAUGCUCCAACCUGCCGGGACGGUGCGUUGGCCUGGGUCGUUUUUCGCGUCGUCGGUAAGAUGGAGGUUCAUCUCGAGGAUCGCGCCGCGAAGACCGCAGUAGACUGUAUCCGACAAAUCAGAUGAUUUGGCCAGACAAUAGAUCCUGUCGUAUGUUUGGCUGCCAAUAUGCAGUGUGGCAUCAGGGCGCCAGUAAUUCCGCCUGGAUGUACCAUGCCAGUUACACAACAGUCCAGCCUGGGCAUCGCAACCCUGGGGCUGACAGUCAGGCGCCCAACCUUGCCUCCACAUCUUGUGGUCAUCCUUUUGGCUGGGAAAAGGCCAUUGCGUUGUACAUGGCAGAGCGCUCGUAUGGUGGUACGGCUUGGGAUAUCUAAAGUCAAAGAGACGGAUAUCCGGCGAUGUGUUGCUACCGGCUACGAAACGUUCUGUUCCGUAGACGAGGAGAGAACUACCUGCUUCGUAUGGCUGGAAGCGGUCACGGUAAACUGCGUCUUGAGCUGAAGGAGUUCUGAUAUCCGACAGUCU